AUGGAAACACAGAGGCCGGUUACUGAAAGUGAAGAUGUAGAGCUUCGGUCCAAGCCGGGAGAAACACUCGCGACAGACAAAGCGGAGCCAAUUGAAGUCAAGGAUAACGGCAAAGAGCCAGUUCUCGACAAUGCCACAGAAAAGGCGUUAGUUAUCGACUUGGCAAAAGCAACAAAUUUGCCAACUGAGCUCGAAAUUCAAGAUGUCGCAGAUAAAGUUAAAGGCGAUGCCUUGGAGAAGCAAGACGACAACAAUUUGCCGAGCAAAGAAUCUGCAAUGGCUCAACUUGGACAAGAAAUCAAAGAAGACUUGGCACAAGCUGACGCCUCCGAAAACCAAACUUCGAAAAUCGACAAGGCCACAGAAAAUUCGUUGGUUAUCGAGGUCAAAAAAGCAACAAAUUUGUCAACUGAGCUCGAAACUCAAGCAGAUGUCGCAGAUAAAGUUAAAGGCGAUGCCUUGGAGAAGCAAGACGACAACAAUUUGCUGAGCAAAGAAUCUGCAAUGGCUCAACUUGGACAAGAAGUCAAAGAAGACUUGGCACAAGCUGACGCCUCCGAAAACCAAUCUUCGGGAAUCGAUAGUGUUGGGAAGUCUUUGAAAACUAGCGAAAACUUGGAAGUAUCUGAAAAAGAAGAAAGCGGCGUUGCCAUAGAAACAACCAUCGAAGGUAAUGUAACAGAAAUCAAAGCAAUUAGCGUGACCGUGGAAGCUAAUGUUGCCGUAAUCAAAGAAGAUGACGCAACAAAUGAAAUCGAGGACCACGUCACAAAUCAAAUCCAGUCUGACGUAUGCAAAGUCGAAAGCGAGCAUUGCCCAGCCGAGCAAUGUGUUACCACGGAAACGGCAGCGCCGCCUGCGAAAUCAUGUGAGGCUGAUGCCUCUGUGAAGGACAUCCAUAUCAGCUUGACUGACUCACGCGAGGGCGACGAAACAAAAGGCGAAUUGAGAAUAUCCGGCAAUCUAAGUGAGGAACCUCACGACAAAACCACCGAUGGACAAGUGUCCAGCGAAGUGCAGAAGAGUGGUACUCCCGAACUAAGCGAGGAGGAAGACGAGGAGGAAGACGAGGAGCCUGAAGUAUUAUGGACCAUGGCUUCACUGGUGGCUCAACUUAGUGAAAUUGUGCGAAGAUAG